AUGAAGAAAAAAGCUUGCAUUGAAGAAGAAAAACGUCUUGUGAGAGAAAAACGGAAAGAGAUGCUUGAACAGAAGCGGAAAGAGAAACUACAGCAAGAAGAAGAGGCAAGAAAGAAACGUGAAUUGGAAGAGGCUCGCAAGCAAAAUCUUCAGUCACCAGAAAAGAAAGAUGAAAAUGGACAAACAACUUUGCACCGAAUGGCUGCUGAAUUGGAUGCUGAUUUUACUCACCUGGACAAAAUGCCAAUGCUGUUAGCAGACCGAGAUAUAGAAUUCCUGACUCCUAGGGAUGUGGCCCAACAGAUGGGCUAUGAAGCAAAUGUAACAGAAAUUGAUAAAUAUGUGCUUACUCUAUUGAAAAAAGGAGAGAUUUCAGUGCUAAAGUAUUUAUUGCUGAACAGUUAUGAAUAUUUUCAAUCAGCUCUUGAUCUCAAGCAAGAAAGUGAGAAUUUGCCUGACACGAGUAUGAUGUUUCUUGCUACAAUCAAUGAUAUGCAGGAAAAAAUUGCAAAUAUCUUCUCAUUAAUUCAAGAUGGAGAUGAAGAAGCAGCUGAGAGAUUGUUAGAAAGCCAACCCCAAUUAGCAAGCAGUAAAAACAACCGUGGUCACACUCUUCUGCAUGUAGCCAUUCUUUUUGAUAAUAUUUCAAUAGUGAAACUAAUUCUGGAAAUUAAUCCAGAAGCAAUUAAUACGCCAGACAAUGUAAAUCGCACCCCACUGCAUUUUGCCUAUGCCAUUUCAGAGACAAUCAGUGAGAUUCUGUUGGAAAACAAAGCACUGGAUUCUGUUUUAGAUAUUAUGCACAAAACUCCAGCAGACUACAAAGCAGACCCAAGUGAAAUAAUAAAACUUAAUGAGUAUUACACCAGUACUAUGCCACCAAACGAAACUGAAAUAUCUAUUUCAGAACCAAUGGAUCCACUCCAAAGUAUCACAGAGGAAGCAAAUGAUGAGGAAAGUAACAAUACUUUAACAACUUCAGUGAACCAAGAAGAAAGCUAA